AUGGCUAAAACUCCAAGUGCUCCAAAUGGCUAUCUAGAUACGCGAGGGCGGGGCGGUCGGUACGCUCUCGCCACGCAUGCGCUGUCCCCGGGUUUAGCGCUCAAGGCGCCGUUCGUCGCGGCUGGAAAGAUUGAGCCGUUCAAGAUGACGACGACGACGACGACCGAGAAGAUGGCCCGCCUCCCGGCCGAGAAGGAAGACGACCCGGUUGGUGUGUCCUGCGGCGGACACCGCGCUACGUCGUGCGCCGAGUGCCCCAGGGGCAAUGGUAAAUCGUGGUGCAAUGGCGACUGCGCGUGGUUUGACGACAAAGGGAAGUGCAUGACAAAGGCCGAGACUGCGCUUUGCAACGGCUUAUCUGUGCUCAACGGCAUGCCCCGAACAAACUACCAGGCGAUGGUUGACGAAGGGUUUAUCAAAUCGGCCCUCUCGGAGGGGGCCCCCAGUACUGCGGAGUGA